UCAUGAAAAAGGUAAAGUCGUAUCUCUCUAUUGGCGUCUUUCUAUAAAUAUGGAUAUCCACAAAGUAUGUACAAGCAGAGAAUUGUCAACUUAGGAAUUUUUCCAAAGCACAUCAGAAAUUAAGCUCAAAGAUGAGUAGUAGCUCCUUGAAGCCUCACUACCACACAACCAAAGUGGAAGAAGCUGAUAAAAAAUCAGAAAGGCCAACGGAGCAUUUCACCAGAGAGAAUACUAUUAAGAGACCUAGUUCAGUGGUGAAGAGAUCGUUGGAAUCACCUAAUUCUACGGCUAUGAGGAAGCCUCCAGUGUCGGAGAAUAAGGCGGCGCCACCAAAGAAGCUGGAAAGGAAGCAAUCAGAAGACAUAAAUGAAAGUGCGGAGAAUUUCAUAAAUAAGUUUAAGCAACAGCUGCUUCUACAGAGGCUUGAGUCCAUUGAGAACUAUGAAGAAAUGCUUAAGAGAGGAACAUAGCUUGCUCUGUUUCGUCUUCUUAUUUCUCAAAUUUUCGCGUGUGUUAUGAAUUGUUUCAUUGUAUUGCUAUGUGGUUAUGGAUAACUCUGUCAUGACGAAGUCUUAAUUAAUAAAUAACUUGUAAUAUAUGCAAAUUCUUAUUUUGAAA